AUGACUUCCUGCCUCAGCAACAAAUCUAUCGUCGUCACAGGGGCCUCUGCACCAUUUGCAGAGGACUUCCGUGGUUGCUACUCCGGUGCCAAGAACAAGACUCUCGCAGUCAACCUGGACCCUCUAGUAUCUACCAAUUUGACUGAAGCUCAGGCUCAGAUAAACAGCACUUUCAGCGCUCUCGAUGACCAGAUCGAUGUUUUCAUUAUCGAUACCCGAACUCAGGAGCCCUCUGGGCGAUACGCAAUUUGGGAGAUUCCGUUGAGUGAAUGGGAUCAAGGACUGACGCCCAUGAGUUGUCAGAGAAAAGUGCUGGUGCACGCAAAAUUAUUUCUUCAGCAUCAGUUCCAGAUCAGCAAGGUGAAGAAGUCACCUGAACCCCAACCAGGGGACGGUUUCUGCAUUGUGAUCCUCGGGUAUCAAGACCUCUUCGGGGAUUCACUCGAUCAACUUAUUUCUAAGCUCCAGAGAGAUGCCUCGCGACUUCACUCAGGUGCUUCCGUCAACUUCCUUGAUCUUAGCAACUCACGCGAGGCCUCUACCCAGUCGAUAGCUGCGGCAACAGCGAUACUGGUCUCAGCGAAACCCGCCCGUGGAAUCAUCCCACUCGACAACAUCACGAGUCUCAAAAGCACCAAGGACAACAACGAUGAUUUCGUUGCUCAAAAUCCCCAGCUCUGUACAAUUCCCCAUCUCCAUCAGAAACAUCCAAAGGUCAAAAUUGCUUUGUCAUUUGACUUUGACGCAGUCUCUGCCUUCCUGGGGACAGGAGAUCAUCCAGACAACAACUUGGCAGACUACAGCACAGGCAUAUUCGCCGGUCGAGUCGGCGCCAAUCGAAUACUGCAAAUUCUACAAAAACACCAAGUAGCCGACAAAGUCACUUGGUUCAUCCCCGGACACACGAUGGAAACCUUCGAACCAACCGUCAAGGAGAUUAUCAAGUCCGGUGCCGAGAUAGGACUUCACGGUUAUUCGCACGAAGGUGCCUACCAAAUGACACCAACCCAAGAGCGAGAUGUGCUAGUAAAGUGCAUGGAAGUGUGCGAGCGGUUAACCGGCAAAAGAGUGCGAGGCUACCGCGCGCCCAUGUACCAGCUCCGCGAGACAACAAUCGAGCUUCUGAGAGAGUUUGAAUUUCUGUAUGACUCCUCUCUGAGCCAUCAUGACUCACAGCCAUAUUUUACACCCAGCGAUCCGCCAAUCGAGCGAGUAGAUUUCUCUAAGCCGGCUAGUACUUGGUUGCGGCCCACGCCGCUUGCUGCCACGAAUGCCUGGCCUGUCGGCCACCCGCUUGUGGAAAUUCCCACUGGCUGGAAUAAUGAGGAUAUGAUGGCGUUGCAAUACUUCCCACAUCUCGACAAUAGUCAUGGGCAUGUUGAUGUACGGGUGGUUGAGCAGAGAUGGAAGGAUAUGUUCCUGUGGCUGUGGGAGAAUGCCGAUGAUGUUGAUGGAGGGGAUGGCAGCUUCGUCUUUCCUAUCUUGAUGCAUCCUGAUACUAGUGGCAUGUCCCAUGUGAUAGGGAUGGUUGAUCGUUUUAUUGGAUGGCUUCGGGGAUGGGGCGAUGCCGUUCAGUUUCGCACUUUUGAGAGUAUCACACAGGAGUGGUUAGAAGAGCAACAGAAGGCCGAGUGA